GCCUAUCUCGCCUGCCAUGAUCGCAAUUUCUGUACCGUACCUCUUGGGUGCCCUCGCCGUCCUUUUCGUUAGCUACAGGGUAGCACGGGAUGUCUACCUCAAUGCGCGAAUCCGCAAACUUGGCGCUCGCGCGCCCAUUCGGACGUCCUAUGUUCCAUAUGGCCUGGAUUUCGCCUACCACGCCGUCGUGAAUGCCAUGGACAACAAAAUAUACGAAAUGUGGACAGCUGUAUUUGACAAGUGGUGCGGACCCGGCCGAUACACAGUCGAAGUUGGCAUAGGAGAGCGAGUCCUCAUGACUGCGGACCCGGAGAAUAUCAAGGCUAUUCUGGCAACACAAUUCAAGGACUUUGGCAAGGGAGAACAAUUCAGGUUGGAUUGGCAUGACUUUCUCGGUAACGGCAUCUUCACCACCGACGGCCAACUAUGGCACAAUUCGCGCCAGCUCAUUCGACCGCAAUUUGUCAAAGACCGCCUUAGCGACAUUGACAUCUUCGAACAGCAUAGCCAAAUCCUCAUCUCCAAGAUCGAACAGAGUCAGGAAAUUAACACCCUCGAUUUGAUGUUUAGGUUUACAUUGGACGCUGCUACACAUUUCUUGCUUGGACAAAGCGUGGGCAGUCUGGAAGUUCCCAAGACGGUGUUUGCUGACGCCUUCUACAACGCCCAGCGUGUACAGAGUCUCGUCGCUCGAGUUGGUCCACUAAAUUGGGCUGUUCCCCGUCGCAGGAUGGGUUUCUACGAGUCCGUCCAGAUCAUCAACGACUUCGUAAUCCCCUUCAUCGACACUGCCCUCUCCCUCUCCCCCGAAGAACUCGAGAAGAAAACCAGCCACGACCAGGGCUACACCUUCCUCCACGCCCUCGCCGGCUACACCCGCGAUCGACACAUGCUCCGUGACCAACUCGUCAACGUCCUUCUAGCCGGCCGCGACACCACUGCGUGUACCCUAACGUGGGUCAUCUACCACCUCUCCAAGGACCCAGCUAUAACCGCCAAGCUGAGACAAGAAAUCAUGGACACCGUCGGCCUGGACCGCAAGCCUACAUACGACGACUUGAAGAGCAUGAAAUACCUCCAACACAUCCUAAACGAAACCCUCCGCCUCUACCCCGUCGUCCCCUACAACGUCCGCGUCGCCCUCAAAGACACCACGCUUCCGACCGGCGGUGGCCCCGACGGCCAACAACCCAUUGGUAUCCUCGCUGGCACUCCAAUCAGCUACUCCACUCUCAUCAUGCAGCGCCGCACCGACAUUUAUCCUACUCCCUCCGCUGAAUUCCCUCCCGCUGCGGACUUUGCCCCCGACCGAUGGAACUCCUGGACCCCGAAGAGCUGGACUUAUGUCCCGUUCAACGGUGGUCCCAGAAUUUGUAUUGGCCAGCAAUUUGCGCUUACCGAGAUGGGAUACACACUUGUGCGCUUGUUCCAGCGGUUCGAGACAGUGGAGAAUCGGAUGGGUGACGUGGAGCCGGGUCUACAUGCUGAUAUUGUAUUGCAGCCGGCGAAUGAGGUCAGGGUUGCGUUUCGGUAGGCAGAUGGGUAUGUGUGUUUGAGCGUUUUGUUAGGCAGGUAAAAUCGGGUAUAAGUUUGGUAUCGUGUAUAAAGCAGGUUUUUAGUAAUCAUGCAGUAACGAAUUCAGUCACGCAAUCUAC